AUGGGGACGGCGCCAAAGGACGAUUUCGCCGAAUUGGCACAGAAAGUAUUGCAACUUUGUGUUCAGGAAAGACAAACUGUACCCUCACAACCCAUUGUAAGCAUUAUUCCUGCACAGGAUGAGAAAGAAAUAGGGAGCAUUGCAAAGCCAACGCAGGCACCAGCCUCGAUUGAGGCAACACUGUCUCACGCGGAGAAGAUUUUCGGAUAUCGCGUCAGGAUGGACCAUCCACGAUUCUUUGGCUUCAUCCCAUCUCCAGCGUCGGACUUGUCUUGGUUAGGAGAAAUUCUCAAUUCUGCUUAUAAUACGCAUGCCGGAAGCUGGUAUCAAAGUUCUGGGCCCAGCGCCGUGGAAAAGAAUCUCCUGUCGUGGCUAGCAAGAGAUGUCGUUGGGUAUCCCGAGACAGCGGGAGGCUGUUUCGUUUCUGGAGGCUCGAUGGCUAAUCUAUCGGCGCUCAUGGUGGCACGGGAUCAAAAGCUUUCGUUUGAACAAAGGACGAAAGCAAUUGCUUAUACAUCUGAUCAAACCCACUCAUCACUGGCAAAGGGGUUGGGAAUUCUUGGAUUUCACCAUGCGCAAAUUCGCAAGGUCCCUUGCGAUGAUCAGAUGAAAAUCAGUACGGCUCUGCUUCGAUCAACCAUUGAAGAAGACAAAGCAUCUGGCAAGAUUCCGUUCCUUAUUGUUGGCAACGCAGGGACUACAAACACCGGCACCGUCGACCCGUUUCUUGAACUUGCAGUUAUUGCGAAGGAGGAAAACCUGUGGCUCCAUGCUGACGGAGCAUACGGUGCAUCUGCCUUGCUUUGCAAAUUCCGCCGAAGCAUUCUUAACGGCAUUGAACUCUGCGACAGUCUUUCUUGGGACGCUCAUAAAUGGCUUUUUCAGACCUACGGCUGCGGAAUGGUGCUCGUUCAAAAUCGCAAAAAACUCACCUCAAGCUUUGGAACAACUGCAGAAUACACUCAAGACGCUGCCGAGACAGCCGAGUCAUUGCCCAAUUUCUGGAACUAUGGGCCGGAACUUACACGACCUGCAAGAGCAAUGAAGCUGUGGUUCUCUUUCCAACUCCUCGGUCUAGAUGCAAUUGACGAUGCUAUCAACCACGGAUUCGAACUGGCAGAGAUAGCACAGGCAUCAUUGGAGCGCCUGCCGGACUGGGAGAUUGUAUCUUCAGCGCAGAUGGGCAUUAUUUGUUUUCGAUACAAGCCUUCUGGAAUCCCAGCAGCAAGCUUGGACGACUUAAACACGAAAAUUUCUCAAAUAGCGACUGAGCAGAGUCUGGCCGCGCCAUUGACGACAAGAUUAAAAGGAGUGUUGGUGCUGAGGAUAUGUUCUAUACAUCCUGCUUUAAGUGGCGAAGAAAUGGUGACAGUCAUAGAUGGGCUGGACCGAAUUGCCCAGUCAUUGCUGCCGAGUGUCAAUGGCAAGAUAAACGGAGUGUAG